AUGCCUCACCAGGAAAUCUACUUUGCGUUGCUUGCUUUCUCGAACCUCCCAGCGACCGGUGAGGAUAGGAUGAUUCCCAUUCGGAGUGCCGGAAAGCCCAAUCUGCAGUGGACUGUGCAAUUUCAAAAUCUGAUCUCUCAUGGUGUGUUGGCGUCCAGACCGCUCUUGACAUGUGGACAAGUCGGGUUCUUUGAAGAGUUGAAGAUGGAGGAGACAGGUCCUCCGGAACAAAGUACGGAGUACAUGGGCGGUGGAGGUGUCGAUGUCGAUCGGGGGUAA